GGUGUUCUACCUUAAAAGUAAACAGUGGUGUUCAACUUAAAACACACAUUUCACAAGAAACAACAAAACAACACACAUUUUUCACCUACAAUUAGGUUUUAGCGUCUUCUUCGCGUCAAAGAGAGUCAAAAAUGGCUGAAGCAAACUGGGAUGACGUAACAUACAUCAGAAAAUCCAAGCCAAAGAGUGGAACUUUAAAAACACAGCAGGCUUUAAACUCUGCACAAAGACAGGGUGUGGCAAUUGAUACUGAAAAAAAAUUUGCAGGAGGUCUGAACAAACAACAUGCAGCCACUAAAAACACCGCUAAACUCGAUAGAGAGACUGAGGAACUGCAUCACGAGCAUGUGGCCCUCGAUGUGUGUAAACUCAUUCAACAAUCAAGACAGGCAAAGGGCUGGACACAGAAAGAGUUAGCUACUAAAAUAAAUGAGAAGCCGCAGGUGAUAAACGAAUAUGAAUCUGGUAAAGCUAUACCUAAUAACAUUAUCAUGUCCAAGUUGGAGCGUAAUUUGGGUGUCAGGCUUCGAGGUAAGGACAGAGGAAAGCCUUUCGGAGGACCCAAACAGUAGCUAAACUGCUCAGUAACCAUGGAAACAAGUCAAUGCUCCUUGGAUACUGAAACUCACUUUGCAUUGUAUUUUCAUUCUGGCAUAUUUAAAAUUUACUUCUUUAAAAGAGUUAGCUGGAAAAUAGAAAGAAUAAUAUGUUAAUAUUUUAUCAAUGUUCCAAUGUUUUACGUUUGGGUAUAUACUUUAUAUAUUGUACACAUGAUGUAUAUGCAAGGCGAAUGGGAUUGAAAACUGUUGCUUUUUUAUAUAUGUACAGUGAAAGUUGUCAGAAUUUAAAGUGUUUUUAAGAUAACAUAUUGCUUUGAUGCCAUAAUGCUUAUAAUGGGAUUAGUUACUUUGAUAUUGAAAAAUGUUUUUGGUAAUUUUUGUUUUUCUUUUUUCAACAGAUAUUUACCUUAAUAUUAACAUAAAUAUAAGCAUGAGUUGAUAACAUUCUUAUGGCAGACAACAUUUUGGAGUUUUUUAUUUCAUGGAUUUAUGGAAGUGGAUAUUCUUCAGGCAGUUCACAUUGUAAAAAGUUCACAGGUUGUACGUUUAGCAGCUUGUUCAGUUCUAAAUAAAACAGCUUUUUAUCAUCCAUUAAAAA